CCCAGGAUGCUGACAGCCAGUGCCCUGAAUUCUACCCUUGAGGUUCUUCUAAUUUCCAGGUCCCUGCGAGGAUGAGCUCCCUCUGUCCGUAUUCGUUUGGGAUUUCUUGGACCAUGUGACAGAGCAGCCUGGCAGUUGUGAAACUGACAUGGAGCAGUUUGCAGAGACCCUGAGUGGCCGGGUCACCACGGACAAGGCUUUGGAAGAGCUGGUGGACCUCAUCUAUCAACAGGCCAAGUCGGUGCCAAGGUUCCGCAGCGGGGGAGCUCGCCUGUGUGCUUACCUGUCCCGUCACCUGACCAUUCGCUCACAGAGGGGCAGCUUCUACGAUGUGCUCCUUCAAAGAUGUCAGGCUGAUUAUGAGCCUAGAGAUCAAGCUGCCAAGGGGGAUGAAGCAGCUCGGAAACGAUUCCAUGAGUUGGUGUUCUUUAUGGGAGAAUUUUAUCUUCCGCUGGAGAUCGAAGGGGCUCAUGGAAAGGCUCAAACAGCUUUUCUUCGGGGCUUGUUGGAUGCCCUCCUUUCUCACCCUGUGGACGAUAACCUAAUUUGUGCAGUAAAAUUACUGAAGUUGACAGGGCCCGCCUUGGAAGAUGCCUGGAAGGGAAAGGGAAGGACGGACAUGGACGAGGUUAUCCAGAGGAUUGGAAAUGUCGCUCUGGAAGCGCCCUGCAGUGUUGAUGUGAGGCUGAUGCUCUUGAAGCUUGUAAAGCUCCGGUCAAGUAACUGGGGGAAAGUCCCUGUCACCUCAGCAUCCGAGAGAAGCAGCACCUGAGAAUGAUCCCGACUGUUUGUGACGUAACCGCCAUUGGGUCCAGUGGAUGGUGCUCCUCUCCCUGCAGCUGAUCCCGAUGACCAGGAUUCAUCUCAGGAGUGACCUGAGGGCGGGAGGGGCGGGGAGGGGGAGGACAUAUGUGAUACUUUCAACAAUCAAGAUUUAUUAAAAACAAAAAAGAGUGAAUUGAAAGAGAAGACUCUUUCCAGAUUGUGAAGAAAAUGGAGCAGAUGUGUCCGGGGUGGUGACCGUACUUGGAUGAUAUUGACGAUGAGGUGGACCCAGAAGCUUAUGCACAGUUUUGUUUGGAACCAGAGCGUCAGCAGAAGCCGUCGGGUUAAACGUCCACGGGUCAGAGGGAGGAAGCCGUGCAGGUGAUGGUGGGAACCGGACGCAGGAAACCUUUCACACUUGUACCCGAUGGAGGACGCAGAGAGAUGUCACUAAUGUCCGCACCUCCAGUCGUGUGUAUCACUCUCUGCCACAAUAAACUCUAUUCACUAGAACCUAAAAAAUAAACUUAACUAAAGUAAACUGUUUCCCUGCCUGGUUUGGCUCAGUGGAGAGAGGGUUGGCUUGUGGACAGAAGGUCCCAGGUUCCAUUCCAAGGGCACGUCCCUCUACCAAUCGGUGUGUGUGUCUCUCUGUCUCUCCCCCUCCCUCCCACUCUCUAAAAAUCACUGGAAGCCAGGCCGGUGUGACUCAGUGGUUGAGCAUCGACCUAUGAACCAGGAGGUC